AUGUCGCGCCGGGGCAGUUCACUUUAUAUUCGCAACAUUCCAGAUUCAUGCCGAUCUAGACACGAGGACCUACGUCGAACCUUUGGUCGCUUCGGUCCAAUAGUUGACGUAACUAUACCCACUGACUAUUAUUCUGGUCGCAUGAAGGGGUUCGCCUUUGUUGAAUAUCCUUUUCGGGAUGCUGAAGAUGCCCAUCGGAAUAUGGACCAUAGUCGAUUUCUGGGUCGUCGGAUUGAGGUGGAGUUCACAAGGGGCGUCCGCAAGAGUAAGACUGUUUAA